UUUCGUAGAAUGGACAUUUCUCCACAAAAUAUGAUAUUAAACUAAGCUGUAGUUUUUACCCAAGAAUUUUUUUCAAGAACUCCUUUCAACAUGAAAUGGUUGUCGAUUUUUCAAAAAUGAAUAUUUAAAAAAAGACGAAAAUAGAGAUGACUUGUUGAAAAACAAAAAUAGUGCAUUUUGUAGAGUAGCUUUUCAUCUACAAACUGAUAUAUAAAUAAAGAUCCGAAGGUUCGGUUUCGCAUCGCAAUAGUGAAAAUAUAAAAACUUUCCGAUACCCCAUUAGUUUGAAGUAGUAUCUAUUAAUUGAAUCAGCAAUAACUGUGCAUUGUUUCAUAUUUUUCUUAAAUCAACUUUUUCAUGAAAAAAAAAAGUGCAGAAGCUCCCCCGUUUCUCCGGCCUAGUACAUCCGAUCGAGCUGAAAACUUUUUUCAGAUACACUGUUUAGGAUGGAUAUUUUUGUUUGUUUAAAAAAAAUAUUGUUCUGCUUAGUUUUGGUAGGUCUUAUUACAUAAAAAACAUGCCUUUUCAAGAGGACCUGCGAUAUUUUAGCUUUUUUUAUUCGAAGGAUAAAACGUAAAAAAGAUACCCACACCAAACGGUGUCUAUUAGAGCUUGUCAGAGUGAUUCCGAAUUCGAAAAUUUUGGACGCGAUGAGUUCUAGUCGUCUGAGAAAUGUGUAUGAUGUGCUAGUCACCGAAUACAAAAACAUGGAAAAAAGGGUAUCUCGUAUGUUCGGGGCAACUAUCCAAUUUCGAUUAGAACAUUCCACUGAAAAUAUAAAAGUACGGCACGAUCGGGUUCGAGUUCGGAUCAGAAAAUUUUGGAAUCGAUGGACUCUAGUAUAUAGAGGUCAUUGUGGUGACUUGAUUUUAACUGAAAUCCUAUCUUUCUUAGUUGCAAAAUAUAAAAUAGUUUUUAUUAUUUAAAUUAUCAAUUGAAAUGAUUAUUUUACAAUACUUUUUCUUUCUAUUUUAGGUAAAACUUAUAAAACAGAUAAUAGAUUUUUGGAAUAAAGGUUCUCAAUCAACAUCAAACAAUGUUUCAUCUUCAAUUACAUUACCAAGUAUUAAUCAAUUAUCAAUUCAAUUUACUGAAUGGUUUUAUACAUCAUGGAAUAAUUUAUCAACAUUUCAAUCUGAUCAUUUUUUUCCCGAUUGUCAAUUAACUCUUAUACAUGAAAAUCAUCGUCGAAUUUUGGGUGCAUAUUAUGUUUGUGAUGUUCUUCGUUCAUAUGUUGCUAAUAGAGAAUUACGUUUUUGUCCAAAUUUACAAUCAAAUAAAGUUAAAGAAUCAAAGCAUGGUCUUGUUCUAAUACAAAUUCAUGGAACAAUUCAUCAACAUAAUACAUGUAUUGGAAUAUUUGAUCAAUCAUUUGGUUUAGUUCGUGACCCAAAUCAUAGUAAUAAUUAUUUAAUUAAAUUUUGUUUUCUUAAUAUACAAACACAAGAACAACAACAACAACAACAUCAACAAAUUUUAUCAGCCAAUCCAUCGAUACCAACUUAUCUUAUGGAUAUUAUGCAAAAUUAUGAUCAAACAAUUCAACAAGAAAUUGAUUCAACUGAUUAUAUUAUUGAAGAUCCAGAUGAUGAUAAUGAUAAUGAUGAAAAUGAUUAA